GAUGCCUGGGCUGUCAAUCUCCCACUCUCGGUUCCCACCCUCACUUCACAACUAGGUUUUACUGCCUUGACUUUAUCGUACAAACAAUAUAGAGAUUCCAGCUGAACUAGACUUUCCUUUUGAGAUUCCGGAAUUGCACCGUCACUGCGACAGACCGAUUGUGUUCUGCCUGCAAAGCCCAAAUCAAAUCUGAAUUCCGCGCCCACUGUUCAUUGCUCAUCCCAUCUUCAGCAUCAUGACCUGCUUGUGCUUGGUCUAGGACCUCGCCCAGUCCCGCCUACCCUGUCCCGUCUUCCAUACGCUACGUCCGAACACUAGGACCACUGCCAGAUGGAUGGAUACAAGCACCGACUCGCAUCCACACUGCAAGACCACCAGGAUCACAUGCUUGCACGACGCUCAACGGAAAUGAACCACGACGGUGCUAAAUCUCUGCCCUCGCCCGCUGUCAUGACUUUGGAAACUCGGCCGAUUUCUCCACCGUUUUCAUGUAGCCACCUUGGGCCGUUGCCGUCUUUGAACCUUCACCACGAGCCUCGCGACUCCCCGACGUUGGCUCCUAUUGCUAGCGAUCGUCAUCGUUGCUCGCUGUCCCCCAUUGGAACUCAAAACGCCCACACCCUACCUCCCAUUGCGACACUCACCCAGUCUCUAGAGCCUCUCCGGUUGAGGACUCCGUCCCAGCCGCAGACGUCGCCUCUUGUCGAGAGACGACCAUCGCCGCCGAGGUUGACGAGCUGGCCAACCGGUAACCCGUUGACGACGUAUUACACACCCAGUCAUGCACAGGCUGCCGAAUCGCCUGCAAGGAUGGAUGUGGACAUGAGCAAUACGCCACGGGCGGGUAGCGUCAGCCUCGACGAUCCAGACGUUCGUAUGGCUGCUGAAGCAUUGGGAGACUUGCGCGCUGACUUUGUUUCGGCUGUUUCGACACCCAAGCAACCGACGCAAUCGCGACCGCAACAAGAACCGAUACUUCAACUUUUGACGACUUCUCAUCCCUUGCUUGCCAAGACGAUAGAAGGCACGACGACUGCUUACAACACUUCAAAGAACUAUUCACCAAGGUUCAAGUCUGGAGCCGAAUAUGUCGAGGGAUAUUUGACUCCCAUUGGCAACACCCUGGGGUCAGUUGGUCGGGUGACGGGCGUUGAAGGUGGUGUGAGGUGGUUUCUCAAAGGAUCAGCAAGACGGCAACCAUCUUCAUCGGAUCUCGAGUCGGGGGAAAGCUCGCGGAGCAAGAGGAGGAGGAUGAUGCCGUCUGGAGAUGAAGAGACAGAGUAUGCUGAGGAUCCAAGGGGUAUCAUGUCACCGCCACCGCCGCCAAACAUGGAGUUUGACCCAUUCGCCUACCGGAGCAAGGAGCGGCGCAUGUCGAUGAGCACGGUGGACAGUCUUCCAGCCUACGAUGAUGCAAGAUCACCAGCAUAUACGGAAGCUGCUGGUGAUGAUCAGCGCUCUCCGGUACCACGCAGCCCCGCAUGGCAGUCUCGCUUGAUCAUGUCCACGUCUGGUCUCAGCAUCGCCAUGUCGGAAGAGUCGUUGCGCAGCCUCAAAUAUUGUCUCCAGUGGCUGCGGUGGGCAAAUGAUCGUAUUGCCAAUGCCAUUGGUGCUCUCAAGGUUACUUUGGAACAAUUUGAACGUCAUCCCGAGACGGGAGAGGUUACUUCAAAACAAGUGACCAUCGAAAUCCCUAUCGACGGCAUGGGCGACGAGUCGAGGCCAAAUCACACAGAGCGAAGGUCUAACGAAGAACUUGGCCAGAGGGUGGCGGCACUCAAGUCGGACGUUCUCAAGACUCUCCGCGCCGUCAUCGAGACGGUCAGCAAAUAUGCCGGUGGUGCGCUCCCUGACAACGCACGCGUGCUCGUCAAGAGGCACCUGACCAGCCUCCCUCAGCGGUUCAAGCUGGCCAGCCAAGCUGAUCAGUCCUCCGCUGGGCCUUCAUCUGGCAACAACAGCGAAAAGGAUGUUCGCGAGGGCGCGCAGCGUGUCCUGGUGUUGGCGCAAGAGGGUCUUGACAUGAUGGCCCAGGUCAGCGGUGUUCUGGACGGAACAAUCGUCAGUGCCGAGGAGUGGUGCGCGCGUCUUGGUAAGAAGAAGCAGGAUGAGAGGGCUGCUUUGACUGGUGCAAGUCAACCAGAAAAGCCCCUGGAGCCCCUUACCAGCGUUGGGAUCGACGGAGAUGUCAAGAUGGGAUAGGCAGCGUGAGCCAUCUUGACAUUGAACUCGGGAACCCAGUUACUUAUUCCUUUGUCAUUAUACCACAUACACGCCUGCUGCUGGCGAUAAAGCAUGCACUGUCACUAAAUUUCCUUGUCUGCUAUCGAGUACCCUCUGCUGCGUUAUCCAUUUGAGCCAUUUAUUUCUUUUGUUACAUGGGAUUUACUGUAUUCUCUUUGACAGUCCGUCCAAAAGCGUUCACCGCUGAGGUCAUCUCCGUUUGUUCUUUUGGUCUGAUAUUCUUUUAAAUCUUGCGGCGACAUAGUUUUGGGAUGCGGAAAAUUCAGGUUUACGUCCAAAUGGAAACAGAUAUCUACCGGUUCACAAUAGUGAGGGUUGCAGGCGCUUCAAUGUUGACAGUCUUCAGUGUCGAGCGUAAAUAGCGAUAACAAUACAUACUGUUACCUAAUGUCCC